GAUUUACUGACAUCCACAAAAUUUGGCCUCUUUCUAGAACGUUACUUUGAGGCAGUUCUCAAAAUGCCUUUAUUGUGGGGUCAAAAUAAGUUUUUAACUGAGUCUUACUUGCAAUAUAGAAGAACCAAGCGCUCAAGUCCACUCAUAAAUGUCUCGGCACAAAUCGAUUUGUUUCCAACCAUCUGGCAAGAGCAAAUAGUAUCGAACUUGCUGAUAGAUUCAACGAAACGGUUCUUCAAAAACUUGGAUUUAAACAUAUCGUUGUUUGAGAUCAGUCAGGUGUUAGACUUGCCAUUUCAUAAAGAAGAGGUUUUACCAUAUCAGGCUAAAGAGAUUUAUCAAAAAAUGGAAUGCUACAACUAUGAUUAUCUCCACAAUUACAACACAUCAAAAUGUGGGCCAGAUGAACACCCUAAAAUCGCCGGCUGCUGUCGGAUUUGGGAGGCCAUUUCCACUCAACACGAGGGCAUUCUCAGAAUGAUGCGAUUCAACCAACAAGCCCCACAUUGGAACUCGGAAGAUGACGUCAUAUUCGAUGAAGCUAAAAAGGGCUACUUUGGGAAUUUUGAGGACAUUGCAAAACCGUAUGGGAUAAAUAACCCUAGGAUUUUUGGUUGUCAAUGGCUGGGCCAACCCAGUGAAGAGAAGAUAUUUUCUUGCAACUUGUUUCAUAGACUUUUCACCAAUGCUGGUAUGGGAUACACCUUCAACUCUGCUGAUUACGAGGAUCUUUUCUUAGACACAUCCUAUUUAAACAUGUUCAAGAAGAUCAUGAAUUCCAAGGGAAAAUCCCAUGAGAAGCCGAUACUCUCAGUGGAUAGGCCUGGACCACAGAAUACCUUGAAAAUUCACAUUGAGUUGUCUCAACAGUUCGACAACUUCAUCAAAUUUGGCCACCCUCUAUACAGUUGGAGCGGAGGCAUACCUGAAAGCUCAUUCCGCUCUUUGGACAAGUCCUUUAAAAUCGGCAUUCACCAUCCUGGAAGCUUGGCUGACCUCCGGAAUGACUACAUCAAAGUCAAACCCGGCUUCGAAUACCAGGUCCUGAUCACUCCGCAAGUUCACACGGCAGAGGAAUCGCUCCGUUCAAUGUCUUUGGAGAAACGGAAAUGCCAAUUCCAGGAUGAGAGUUCGGAUUCGCUCCUCUUUAAGUCUUACUCCCAAACCAAUUGUCAAUUGGAAUGCCGACUGAAAUUGGCAGUGGAACAAUGCGAUUGCUUGCCAUGGAACUACCCCCAUAUGGUUCUAGAUGGUCAGUUGACCAAGCUUUGUGACUACCGAGGAAAUUAUUGCGUGGAGAAAAUCCUUCAGAGGUCCAUAACGAGGCAAGAAUGCCCUUGUUAUCCCCCUUGUGAAACAAUCACUUAUACGUUUUCAAUGAACAUGAAGGCCAUGGAACGGCCUUGUUCGUCUGGUAAAAUCUUUUACGAUGAAUGUUAUGCGAUUCUCAAGCAAAGCUUCCGUUUUUCACAGAAUCUAAAUCGGCCGUUGGAUUGGAAUAUGUACAGAACUCGGACUUAUCUCCAUUGGUCUCGUUUCCCAUUGAAGAUUACUUAACCGGGAAGAAUCGAUCAUAUCAUGCACUAACAAUUGGAAAAGAAGAGUUUUGUCAUCAAAGAUGCGACAAUUCGGCCGUUUUGGAAUUCCAAAUGGUGGGAUCCAGUGUCACGGUGGUGAAGAAGAGUGCUCGAACCACUUUUAUUGGAGCGUUGGCAAACUUUGGUUAG